AUUGUAUUAUUCCUGGAUAACAUGCAGGUUCAUAUUUCAUUCAGGAUAUGAAACUAUAUGUCUAUAGGAUGAAUCAAUAUGAACAAAGGAAAAACUCAUUAUGAGAAAAGAUGAUUAUAAAGAAUAUUUUGUUUGUUUAUUUUAUUUGGUCUUUAUUUUGGUUCUGAUGGUAUUUUCAUAUUUAUCAUGACAGUAUGUGAAGCAGGUUUUCACAUCUUGCACUGAUGCGUUAAAGAAAAAACAGUUAUGCUACAUGCUGCUUGCGCGACAUGGAGUAACCUUUGAACUUGAUGAAGAAAGGGAGGCAUUGCAAGAAAUUAUCAACAACACCAAGCUAAGUGAAGUAUAUAUUACCCUUGCUCGUGAUUUAGAAUUGAUGGAGCCGAAGUCUCCUGAGGAUAUUUACAAGGUGGUAGAGCUGUCUCAAUCUUACCCAUGGUCUCCUGAGGAUUACUUGCCAACACACUUCAAAAUUUUCCAUGUUCAUUAGUAUCGUUACUUUGUGUAUGAUUGCUUGAUAUUUCAUCAACAUUUUGGUGCUCUCUUAAACAUUUUCAUCAAAAUUCAAUUACUGCUAUAAUGAAAUAAGGAAUUGUUUGUUUAUUAAUUGUUCCUUAUCCCU